AGAUUCCUGUACCAGGAUGUGAUGCUGGAGAACUUUGCACUUUUAGCAUCACUGGGUAAGGUUCUCAUACCCACCCAUCUAACUUUUUCCUUUUCUCCAGGAGCUGCUCUGUUCUUCCCAUGGUUGGAUCAUGAGCACUGCUUUCCUUCACUGGUUUCCUGGAGUAGGUGCCGUGGAUGCCAGUGCUAAGCUGUGUGGACUAUCAUCACUUCUUGCUGAGCACCCCUGAAACCACGCAUCCCAGGGUUUGGGGUCACAAGACUUAUGAUUUUCCCAGUGGAGCUAAUAAGGAAUUGCAUUUUCCAGAUCACAUGUAAUCAUGCAACUAAAGGAAGGGGAAGAGCCCUCGGUUCCUGCCCAAAUGAAUGUGACUCCAGCCACAGAAAGAGAGGCCCUGAGGGGACCUGGACCUGGUUGUUGGCACGGAGUGGAGGAUGAGGAGGUGUCCUCUGAGCAGAGUGUUUCUGUAGAAGAAGUGUCACAGAUUAUGAUUCCUAUGACAGAACUGCAGACCCACCCAUGUGACAUAUGUGACCCAGUAUUGAAAGAUAUCUUACACCUGCCUGAAUACCAAGAGGACAAAUCCAGGCAGAAACCAUACUCAUGUGGGGCAUGUGGGAAGGAAUUCUGGUUCAGUACAAACUUUGACCAGCACCAGAAGCAGUCUGGUGAAGAGAAACCAUUUCGAGGUGAGGAGGUCAGAGACUCUGUGAAAAGCUGCAGAGUCCAUGUGCCAGAGAAGACCCUCACACGUGGGAAAAGUGAGACGAACUUUUUAGCCAUGUCUGGUUAUCUUCCGCACCAGGCCCCUCACAGCAGAAUGAAACCCCAUAAGAGUACCGAGCUUGGGCUGGGCUUUUGCACUGGACAGAGGUAUCACAAGUGUGGUGAAUGUGGGAAAGCUUUCACCCGCAAAGACACACUUGCUCGGCAUCAGAGAAUCCACACUGGGGAAAGGCCUUAUGAGUGCAGUGAAUGUGGGAAAUUCUUUAGCCAAAGCUAUGACCUUUUUAAACACCAGACAGUUCACACUGGAGAAAGACCUUAUGAGUGCAAUGAAUGUGGGAAGUUCUUUAGACAAAUCUCUGGCCUGUUUGAACACAGACGAGUUCACACAGGUGAAAGGCUUUAUCAGUGCAGCAAAUGUGGGAAAUUCUUCAGCAGUAAGUCUAAUCUCAUUCGACACCAAGAAGUUCACACAGGAGCCAGACCUUAUGAAUGCAGUGAAUGUGGAAAAGAGUUCAGUCGCAAACAUACACUUGUUCUGCACCAGCGAACUCACACUGGAGAAAGACCUUAUGAGUGCAGUGAAUGUGGAAAGGCCUUUAGCCAAAGCUCCCAUCUGAAUGUACAUUGGAGAAUUCACAGCAGUGAUUAUGAGUGCAGCAGAUGUGGGAAAGCUUUUAGCUGCAUCUCUAAACUCAUUCAGCACCAGAAAGUUCACUCUGGAGAAAAACCUUAUGAGUGCAGCAAGUGUGGGAAAGCCUUCACCCAAAGGCCAAACCUCAUCAGGCACUGGAAAGUACACAUUGGGGAAAGGCCUUAUGCAUGCAGCGAAUGUGGGAGAGAGUUCAUACGGAAACAGACACUUGUUCUGCACCAGAGGAUUCAUGCUGGAGAAAGCCUUAAGAGUACACUUUGACCAGUGCCCCUAACUUAUUGUGCAUUGGAGAACUAGCCAUCAUUAUGAGUACAAUACAUGUGGAAAAGCCUUCACGCAAAGGCUGAACCUUACCCACUAUGGGAAAGUUCACACUGGAUAUGGGCUUUAGCAGUUCAGGGAAUGUGCUGUCUCUGUUUAGUCUAACAGCUCACCCCAGUGUGGAGCUCUGAGAGUAGCCUUUGUGAGGGAACUGUCAGAAUUGGAACCUCAUGGAUAUGAACAUUCAUAGCUGGGAGAUUUCCUGUGAGCACCAAGUACAUGCGAUGCUUUCAGGAGUUGUGUUGCACUUUCUGAACAGCCUUUGCUGGAGCAGGAGCCAUCUGCCACUACCAUCUGGCAGAAUCAUACUGUGUGUGCCAGUCACCUCAGCAUGCUUAAUUAGAGGCAGAUCUCUAUUCUGUCCCCAGUCCUUGAAAGCAGUUGUAAAUGAUCUCACAGCUCUUCGGGGGUCCUCGUUCCCUCUCUUUUGACGUAAACAGCAUGGAUAUAAUAAGCUUUGUUCCAAGAGGACACAAGAACGUUCAGCAGGUAGCUUGUAGAGGCUUACGUUCAUGGAGUUUUUGGUUUCAUGUAAUGCUUAUACAGUCUCCAAGUCACCCAGCCCUGGAACUGCCUGCCUCACAUUCCUCAUGUUUUUAUGAUAAUAAAGGCCUGUUAUUUAAGACACCUUUAA